AUGGAUAACUUUAUUCAAAUAAAUAGAAAACGUGUUGAAGACUCAGGAAAGAGUACAAAGGAAACUGUAGAAAAACGAAAAAAAUACAGAAAAUAUGAUGACCAAUAUUUAGAUUUUGGAUUUACUUACGUUAGCAAAGGAAAUGUGGAACUACCCCAAUGUGUUGUUUGUCAUAAGGUGCUGGCAGCUGAAAGUAUGCUUCCUAAUAAAUUGAAACGUCAUUUAGAAACAGUUCACAGUAAUUUACAAGGAAAACCGCGAGAUUUUUUUGCAAGAAAAUUGCGAGAACUGAAACAUCAGUCGACAUCCUUGUUUUCCAGAGCAUCUAUUCCCUCCAAAGCACUGCUCGCCUCUUAUAAGGUCGCUCACCGUAUUGCCAAAUGCAAGAAACCACACACGAUUGCUGAAGAUCUUAUUUUACCUGCAGCGAUUGAUAUGGUAUCAGUAAUGAUUGGAGAAUCGGCGGCUAAAGAAAUAAAAAAUAUUCCUCUUUCUAACAAUACGAUUAGUCGUCGCAUUCAUGACAUAGCUGAAGACAUUAAUGAGCAAAUUGUGGAAAAACUUUCUGGUUUAUAUGCCAUUCAACUGGAUGAAGCGACAGACAGUAAUAACGACGCUCAAUUAAUAUGUUACGUGCGGUACAUGGAAGGAGCAAAUGUAUGUGAGGAUUUGUUAUUUUGCAAAGAAAUGACUGAUACCGGGAAGGCUAGUGAUUUGUUUGCGAUCAUAGAUUCAUACAUGAAAGAAAAUAACAUUCAAUGGGAGAACUGUGUUGGUGUGUGUACAGAUGGAGCUCGCGCGAUGUCAGGGCAAUAUGGAGGACUUCAAGCUCUCAUUAAAACCAAGGCACCAAAUGCAAAAUGGACACAUUGCGUCAUACAUAGGGAGGCCCUGGCUACAAAAAAUAUUUCACCUGAAUUAAAUCUUGUGAUUGAUAUAAUUAUUAAAGUGGUAAACUUUAUAAAAACAAGACCCGUGAAGGCAAGAUUUUUCCGAAAGCUUUGUGAAGAUUUGGGUGCCGAGCAUACAUCUUUACUUUAUUACUGUAACUCUCGUUGGUUGUCGAGAGGUAACGUACUCUCACGUGUAUACGAAUUAAAACAUGAGUUGUACACGUAUUUAUUGAUAGAAUCUCAUCGUGACGCAGAAAAGUUUAAAGAUACUGACUUCUUAAUAAAACUGGCGUAUCUUUGCGACAUAUUUGAGAAAUUAAAUGUCCUUAAUAAAUCGCUGCAGGGAAACGAAACGCAUAUACUGCAACUGGCUGAUAAAAUUGCAGCGUUUAAAAAAAAGUUGCUGUUGUGGAAAAGAAAAAUAGAAGACGAGCAUGGAAAUUCUGACUGUUUUCCAGUUUUAAAUGGCUUUCUGCAAAAAAAAUCUAUUCAAAAUCUGGAGCCAAGUUUGCAAUUGAUAUUUAUCCAACGCUUAUAA